UGUGAGUCUGCGUCAGCUCUGCCUCGAGUGUAUAAAAAGAGAUGGGGACUCCAAAAGCAAGGAGAGUGAUUACCUGUUAAGUGACUGCUAGAUCUGGGGUUUGAUAGAGAGACCUUUGAGAUAACUACAACUUCUGAAGAUGUGGAAAGUUUCUAUGGUGUUGACUGUCCACAUUUUAAUGGUGUCAGCCUCAUGCCCAAAGGACUGCUGGUGUCCCCGUGAAACCCCAAGAUGUGCAGCAGGAGUCAGUCUCAUGCUGGACGCCUGCGGAUGCUGUAAAGUUUGUGCACAGCAGCUCUUUGAAGACUGCAGCAGGACUCAGCCAUGUGAUCACACAAAGGGACUGGAGUGCAAUUUUGGAGGAAGCCACAGUUCUGCAAAAGGCAUCUGUCGAGCCAAAUCAGAUGGAAGAACAUGUGAGUACAAUAAUAAGAUUUACCAGAACGGGGAAAUCUUCCGUCCAAACUGCAAACACCAGUGCACUUGCAUGGAUGGUGCUGUUGGCUGCGUCUCCCUCUGCCCUCAUGAACUCACACUGCACAAACAUGGCUGUGCCAAGCCAAGACGGGUUAAAGUCCCCGGACGUUGCUGCGAACAGCUCUUCUGCCCUGAGGACACAAAGAUGGAGGGCUCUGUGGGAAAGAAGCAAAGGAAAAAGCACAGCAAAGACAGAAUGUCUGAAUAUGAGCUAACCAAGGACAAUGAGUUAGCUUCUGUAUGGAGUGGAGACUCAAAGUCUUUACCUGCUUUCAGGAGCCACCCAUUGGGCCACAUGUCAGUCAGAGGAUCCAGUUGUGUGUCUCUAACCACAGCUUGGUCACCCUGCUCCAAAUCCUGUGGCACAGGACUGUCCACCAGGAUGACCAAUAAUAACCCUCAGUGCAAGAUGGUUAAAGAGACUCGGAUCUGUGAAGUACGACCAUGCAACCAAAUCACCUUAAAGAAAGAUCAAACUUGUAGCCGAACUGAAAAGUCAAGACGUCCAGUAAGACUGUCCUACGCGAGCUGCCGUAGCCUGAGAAAGUUCCAUCCAGUGUACUGUGGGUCCUGUUCAGAUGGGCGAUGUUGCAAGCCUCACCGAACCCAGACGUCAUCCGUCCGUUUCCGCUGCAGAAAUGGAGAAACGAUCAGCAGGAUGGUGAUGAUGAUCGAGUCCUGCAAGUGUGACCUGAACUGCUCUAGCAACAGCAAAAAAGCAGCUCAGAGAAGACUUUUUAAUGAUAUCAACAAAGUGAAAAGAUUAAGGGGUAAAGACAUCCCAUAGAGUGUAGACUGAUAGAAAAAAGUGCACUUUGAGAAUGGAUGUCCUGCAGUAUUUAGAUCAUAAUUCUGCUUCAGAUAACUGGAGCUUUGUGGUUUUCUUCUUUUUGAAGAUUUUUUUACAUUAUGAAAAUUCUUAUUUUUGUACUGUAACAUGAACACCUUUCAAAAUGUGUGUUUUUUUUAAUUUGCCCAACAUAUUGAAGCAUCUUGACAAGACAUGGAAAUGGCUAUGGCAGCUACCAAAUCAGUCAUGUAAAAAUGUUCCAACAUUUCUGAUGAUUUAAUGUCCUCUUCUAUUUAAUUUAUGGUUUGGGUAUUAGACUUCCACAUACGUAUGUGUUUUUUUAAUGAGUUAAUCAUGACAAGUUGUACAUCAAUAAAAGUAUGGCUUUCUUUUAAAUGUUAGUAAAUGACUGAUGGCUGCAAAAUAAACAUUACUGUAACUUCUAAAAUAUCAAAUUCAUACUUCAUUUUUGACAAAUUAACACAUAAAACUAUACUGAUUUCUAAUAAUUCUAUUAAAGAGAAAAGGCCCAGAAUUCGAGCUUGCUAUAAUGUGAAAAAAAUUAAGUCUCAAGGGGUCUGUUGUAACAGUUUUCUGGAGGAAAUGAGCUAUAUGGUUACAUCUGUAUCUGGCUGACCCACUUCUGAGACAACCUACAUGUCACUGAGUAGUUCAGGGAAUGGGUGUAAUGUAAACCUCAGAGGGCUUUUCUGCUGUUGAACAGAUGCUGGGUGCAAGUUAUUGGGUACGAGAGAAUAAUCUAAGCUUGACGCCAUGAAGAGAUACUACAGUGUGCAGGUCUGUUCUUGCUACUUAUAUUGCAACACAUCCAGAGUUAUAGUUAAAUAUAUCGCCUUUUUCUUUUUUGAGGUUUUAAAGAUUCUGUGAGAGGUUGUUGGUUGUGGUUGAAUGUUUUACCUCCCUGCUGAUCUUUUCAUGUACAAGCUGUGCUUUCUAUUUUUUUUUUUAAUCUCAGCACUAUUCACUUUAAUCACCCAACAUUCGAAACUGUGUCUCUACAGCAUGCUGUAACUCACCUUGUCUGAAACCUACUCCAUGGAAGAUAUG